AUGGCAGAAGACCGAGGUUUACUAGAUGCUGUCCAGCAGGUUCACACUGCGGCAAAUAAUUUGGCCGGAGAUGAUACCCUGGACGUCUGGAUAACGAGAGCAGGAAAUGAAGAACUCGCAAAUGGAGAGAGGGAAGCUGGGACAAGAUUUCAAUCGCGGUCCCGAAGAUGCGAGGUCCAAUCUGAUGAGGAGCUGAAAGCAGAGCUGGAGCGGGAGUUUCUGAACCCCUCUCCUCGGUUUAGUACCCCGUGGUUGAAUAAGUUGCAACAGCGAUGGGAAGUUCCUGUAGACUACACGAACCUCUUUGAACUAGCACCACCACAGACCCGCACAAUCAUUCGGUUUACGCGGGAAGGGCUGGAAGGCAGGGUCACUGGUUAUCGCGAGGUAACUGUUCCUGCGAGCAGCGCUACAGCGAAAAAUUCUACGUCAUUGCUUAGACGACCUGCGGGCCGUGCUGAUUUCGUCCGCGGCGCUGCCGGAUUCUUUCCGUUUGCACCAGGCGGGCUGGAAGGCGUGGAAGCGAUUGCUGAACUUGAGUCUGAUGCUCAGAAUGAUGGGCGUCAGACUUCUGCGGGAGGAAAAGGAUCGAGAUUAGACCGAAUCAUCAAUUUUGGCGUGGAAGGUGGGCUGUUGGAGGUUCCCCCGGGAUUCUCCCGGGGAUCGAAAUUCGAGAAGACUAAGAGCAAGGAUGAUGAGGGUGAUGCACGAGACGUGGAAGACACGUUAGAACAGGAGGAGAAAGACACGGAUGAACCGACGCAGGAGGGGGUUUCUCCUGGUGAAGAUAGAAACCUCCAAAUCACCGAAGAACUCCAAGAGGAUUUAUCCAGUGAUGAAGAGGAAGAAGAUAUCGAUUCUUUACUACCCGUUGAAUACCCGGCCUUGGAACCAAGGGGCCAGCUCCUUGCGCCUACUUCGAAAAAAGGAGGUAAAGAGUGGGCUCAUGUGGUGGAUAUCAACAAGGAGAUUACAAAUUUUUACGACCUGGUACCGGAUAUGGCAAGGGAAUGGCCGUUCGAACUGGAUACUUUUCAAAAGGAGGCAGUCUACCACCUGGAAAAUGGAGAUUCUGUUUUCGUUGCCGCUCACACAUCUGCUGGAAAAACGGUUGUGGCAGAGUAUGCGAUUGCGCUCGCUGCCAAACACAUGACGAAAGCCAUUUAUACUUCUCCGAUUAAAGCCUUAAGUAAUCAAAAGUUCCGCGACUUCAGAACUACUUUUGAGGAUGUUGGAAUCCUGACGGGAGACGUCCAGAUUAACCCCGAGGCGAGCUGCUUGAUCAUGACUACAGAAAUUCUGAGGAGUAUGCUUUACCGCGGAGCUGAUCUAAUUCGCGAUGUAGAGUUUGUCAUUUUUGACGAAGUGCACUAUGUAAAUGACCUGGAAAGAGGCGUGGUUUGGGAAGAAGUCAUCAUUAUGCUACCGGAACACGUCACUCUAAUUCUGCUCUCAGCUACGGUUCCAAACACAUACGAAUUUGCCUCUUGGGUUGGCCGGACCAAGAAGAAGGAUAUCUAUGUCAUCUCGACACCCAAGCGCCCGGUCCCAUUAGAGCAUUACCUGUGGGCGGAUAAAAGCAUGCACAAAAUCGUCGACUCAAACAAAAAUUUCAUCGAGAAGGGAUGGAAGAAAGCGGAUGAUAUUUUGUCCGGGCGAGACAAACUUCGUGCUCAGAAAGCGGCGGAAGCCCAGUCCAAUACCAACAAUAGAGGCGGUCAUGGAGACAGGGGCCGUGGUGGGCAACCCCAACGUGGCAACCAACGAGGUGGGGCUCAGCGUGGAGGCACCCAACAAAGAGGGAGUGCACAGCAGCGCGGCAGAGGCCAACCUGUGUCUCGUGGAACUGGUAAUAUCGCUAGAACAGGCCGAGGCGGUGGGCGCACGACUGUUGCACAAGACCGAAAUAUCUGGGUCCAUCUUGUACAACACUUGCGAAAGGAAAACCUGUUACCCGCGUGUAUUUUUGUGUUUUCCAAGAGAAGAUGCGAGGAAAAUGCAGAUUCUUUAUCUAAUCAGGAUUUCUGCACGGCAUCGGAAAAGAGCACUAUCCAUAUGAUCAUUGAAAAGUCGCUGGCAAGGCUGAAGACGGAAGAUAGAGGACUUCCACAAAUUCGUCGGGUUAGGGAGCUGCUGAGUAGAGGUAUUGGGGUUCACCAUGGCGGCCUCUUACCUAUCAUCAAGGAAAUUGUUGAAAUAUUAUUCGCAAAAACCUUGGUGAAAGUGCUGUUUGCUACAGAAACUUUUGCAAUGGGUCUGAACCUGCCGACGAGGACUGUCGUAUUUUCUGGCUUCCGAAAACAUGACGGUCGGUCAUUUAGAGAUCUCCUUCCAGGUGAAUAUACCCAAAUGGCAGGGAGAGCGGGUCGACGUGGGCUUGACACAGUCGGAUCUGUAAUAAUUGUUGCGUCUGGCAAGGAUGAGGCGCCUCCCGCCGGCACCUUACGACGCAUGAUUCUAGGCGAUCCGACCAAGCUUCGAUCCCAAUUCCGACUUACCUAUAACAUGAUAUUAAAUCUCCUGCGGGUAGAAGCCUUGAAGAUUGAAGAGAUGAUCAAGCGAAGCUUCAGUGAAAAUGCAACCCAAGCACUCCUGCCGGAGCACCAGAAACAAGUGCAACUGUCCGAAGCUAGUUUGGAGAAAAUAAAACGGGAGCCAUGCGCCAUAUGUGAUAUCGACAUGGAGACUUGUCACGAAGCCGCAGUGGAGUAUUCGCGGCUAACUACCAAACUUCAUAUCAACCUACAUGCAUCUCCUGUGGGGCGACGCUUAUUCUUCGCCAAGACCGUGGUUGUCUUUAAAAAGAACGGCAUCAGGACAGUUGGUAUGCUCGCUCGCGAUGGUAUGGCUCCCGGGCCAAACCUUGGCCUACAAGUGUUCGAAUUCGGCCCAAUCAGUGCGAGCCGGCAUCCAAGUGAUAUCCUUCCGUAUCUACCAGCAUUUCGACAUUUAUUUUCGCCGCUGUCAACAAAUCCUAACGAGAUGGUGUUGAAGACUUACAAGAUUCCACUUGAGGACCUUGAAUGUGUAACCACGACGGUUGUAAAAAUAGGUGGCCCAACUUGGUAUCUGAAUAUUAAGAAAGAGUCAUUGAAAGUUGCACAAAAGGAUCUUGUACCUCUAUGUACCUCGUGGGAGGCCAGUGCAUGGGACGAAUUGGCAUGGGACCGAGUCAAGGAACUUCAAAUAGUCGAGAUUCUUAACCAGCGGCAGGCACAAGUCGCUAUCGUCGAAUCCAGCGAGUGUCUGCAGUGCCCAGAAUUUCUGAAACAUUUUGAGAUGCAACAUGACGAAUGGCAGGUAAAAGAGAACAUUUCACAGUUAAAACAGUUAAUGUCGGAUCAAAAUCUGCAACUUCUACCGGACUACGAGCAGCGGAUUUUGGUCUUGAAAGAUCUUGGUUUCGUUGAUGAGGCUUCUCGAGUCCAAUUGAAGGGGAAGGUUGCCUGUGAGAUCCAUUCAGCGGACGAACUCGUCCUGACAGAAUUGAUUCUGGAAAAUGUGUUUGCAGAAUAUGAGCCAGAAGAGAUUGUUGCACUGCUGUCCGCCUUCGUCUUCCAGGAGAAGACCGAGAGUGUCCCAACGCUAACACCACGGCUUGAAAAGGGGAAAGAGGCCAUAAUCAAGAUAUCGGAAAAGGUAAAUGACUUUCAAAUCCAACACCAAGUGAUCCUCUCGAGCGAAGACUCCAACGACUUCGCGAGCAAGCCACGAUUCAGCCUUGUCGAGGUGGUGUACGAGUGGGCUCGGGGAAUGUCAUUCAACCGGAUCACAGACUUGACUGAUGUGAUGGAAGGCACAAUUGUACGUGUUAUCACACGACUGGACGAAACGUGUCGGGAGGUGAAGAGUGCAGCCAAGCUGGUGGGCGACCCAACGCUGUAUAGCAAGAUGCAACAGGCACAGGAACUGAUUAAGCGCGACGUAAUAUUCGCGGCAUCUCUUUACAUGUAA